AUGUCCUCGGCGACACCUCGACAGUCUACGCGCACGACGCGCCGCAGAGCGCCUGUCGUCGACGAGUCCGAUAACGACGAGAACAGAACGCCUACACCGGACAAAGAGGAGGAGGAGGAAGAAGAGGAGUUCACACCAGCGCCGGCACCGCUCAAGACCGGAAGAGGACGCGGGCGUCCACGAAAAACUGCAGCGGCAGUUGCUGAGGAUGUAGCCCCCAAGAUAACGGCUAAGACGGCUAAGACGGCUAAGACGGCUAAGACGACGGCCAAAACGACAACAACACGGCGGCGCACACGCGCAACUGAGAGUGUUGAACCGUCACAUAUAGGGACUCCACCGGAAAGUAGCCCUCGGCCAGCUGCUCCCGCAAAGACUGUUCCCAAGAAGCGAGGGCGAAAGCCGCGAGUGUCAGUCGAGAAACACACUAUAGAAGGUGGGCAACCCCUCAUACUAAUCAUUUCCACCACCGAAUCUGAACCUAAGUCUGCAUCAACAGUGGAAUCCGAGUACGAGAUCAAAGAACCGUCUGCUACUCCCGCUGCCGACGUCGAACCAAGCGACGCAGGCGAUCGAACUCCCAGAGCCGAGCAAACACCGCAAGCUGAGGAGACACCUAGAGCCGGAACUGCGGUGAAACGUCAAAGAAUCGAAGUGGUGGUGAAGUCAGAGCCCACAGAAGAUGACAUAGUACAAAGCACCGUAGAGGAAGAUACAGUCGUAGCUGAGCCUGCGGCUACAGUCCAACUGCCUUCCCAGGCAGCAUUAAAGCUCUCGGAGACACCUGAUGCGGCAGCGUCAACACAGCCACCGCCUACACCGAGAAAAGUUGAAAAGGUCAACGCAAAUCACACAGUGCUGGAAAAACCAAUGGACAUCGUUGCGAAGAGACGAGCAGCUGCCGUACCUUUGUCGCAGGAGCCUGCUCCACCAAAACAGCGCACAGUCAUUACAUGGCUCGUUCUAACAAACUUCAAGAGUUACGCCGGACGACAGGAGGUUGGCCCUUUCCACUCCUCGUUCUCCUCCGUUGUUGGACCAAACGGAUCUGGCAAGUCUAAUGUCAUUGAUUCGCUGCUCUUCGUCUUCGGGUUUCGUGCGAGCAAGAUGCGCCAAGGAAAAAUCUCAGCGCUCAUCCAUAAUUCUGCCCAAUUCCCAGAUCUUGAUUACUGUGAAGUCGAAGUUCACUUCCAGGAAGUCAUGGACACACCUAGUGGCGUUGCUGAGGUUAUACCGGAUUCAGCGUUGGUCAUCUCGCGCCGAGCUUUUAAGAACAACUCUAGCAAAUACUACAUGAACAAGAAGGAGUCUACCUUUACUGACGUCACGAAGUACUUGAAGGGUAAAGGCGUGGAUCUGGAUCACAAGCGUUUCCUGAUCUUGCAGGGUGAAGUCGAAUCGAUUGCGCAGAUGAAACCGAAAGCGCUCACCGAGCACGACGAUGGCCUUCUCGAGUACUUGGAGGAUAUCAUCGGCACCUCCAAGUACAAGACACCAAUUGAAGAGUCUGCUGCUGAAGUUGAAACGCUGAAUGAGACUUGUAUGGAGAAGAACAGUCGAGUGCAGCACGUUGAGAAGGAGAAAAGUAGCCUUGAGGAGAAGAAGAACAAGGCCCUUGCGUAUAUCAAGGACGAAAACGAACUCGCUACUAAGCAGUCUACUCUGUACCAGCUCUACAUCUCAGAAUUCGACGAUCAUAUCGAGGUCACACAGGAGUCGGUCGGUCAGAUGCAAGCUCAGCUGGACGAAGAGUUGCAAAAGCACCAGGGCAACGAAGAGGGUAUCAAGGAGCUGGAGCGGCAAUACAAGAAAGGGGCCAAGAUGUGUGAGCAGCUCGAGCAGCGAAACCAGGACUUCCAGAAGGAAGUCGGCCGUGUCGACAAAGAGGCAGUGAAAUUUGAAGAGAAGAGGAAGUUCUUGGCUGGAAAGCAGAAGAAGCUCGAAAAGACAAAGGAAACGAGCAGCUACAGCAGAUCAGAAGCCGAGACCCUUGCGAAGCAGUACGCUGCAGAUCUGGAACGAUAUGCCGAAGAAAUGGAGGAGUUAGAACAGAGCAUGAAGGUUGAAGAGAAGGAGCUUGAACGCGUGCGUCUGAGUCUGGCCGGAAAGACGCAAGGUCUCUCAGAUGAGAUUGCAGCGAAACAGAAGUCGUUGGAGCCAUGGAGCGCGAAGAUUAACGAAAAGCAGUCUGCUAUGGCUGUUGCGCAAAGUGAACUCGACAUCAUCCGCGAGCGUGAGAACGCCGGAGCCAAGGGUAUUGCCGAGGUCGAAGCAAAGAUCGAAGCGCUACAAGAAUUCAAAGAGAGCAAGCUUGCUGAGUUUCAAGAGUGCAAGGCUGAGAAGAAGCAAAUUGCAAAGGGGUUGCAAAAGAUUCAAGCUCAGAUUGAAGAAUUGGCACAGAGAGAAGCGCCUUUACGAUCGAAGCUGUCAGGUGCGCGCGCAAAGGCUGACGAAGCUCGCUCAAAUUUCUCCGCAAACCAGACGCAAGGCAAUGUCUUGACAGGCUUGAUGCGCUUGAAGGAGUCUGGUCGUAUCGAUGGAUUCCAUGGUCGUCUGGGUAAUCUGGGCACGAUCAACCAGAAGUACGAUGUCGCCAUCUCCACCGCUUGCCCACAACUCGACAACAUGGUUGUUGACUCGGUUGAAUCCGGUCAACAAUGCAUUGAACAUCUCCGGAAAAACAACUUGGGUCGCGCAAACUUCAUCCUUCUCGAUCGCCUUGCCAAGCGAGACAUGUCGACCCUCGAUACACCAGAGAACGUCCCUCGUUUAUUCGACCUUGUCAAGCCCAAGCAUGAUCUUCUGCGGCCUGCAUUCUUUCAUGUUCUGCAAAACACGCUCGUUGCCGAAGACCUCGACCAAGCGGAGCGCAUUGCGUACAGCGCGAAGCGGUGGCGUGUUGUCACUCUUGAUGGCAAGCUCAUCGAUACUGCUGGUACAAUGAGUGGUGGUGGUAGCAGAGUCGUCAAGGGUAAAAUGUCGUCUAAACUUGCAUCUGAUAUCUCGAGAGACCAGGUAUCGAAGCUCGAGCAGGACAGGGAUACACUCGAGCAGACCUUUUCCGAGUUUCAGCAGGAGCAGCAGGAGCUUGAGAGCACGUUGCGAAGCCUGAACCAACAACUACCUGAGAUUGAAACAAAGGCCCAGAAGAUUGUGUUGGAAUUGGAAAGUUUCGACCGCAACAUCGCUGACUCUGAGCGUCGCAUCCAAGAGCUGGGUGCAGAAAAAGCCUCGGCAAAGACCGACAAGGGACGUGUGUCCUCACUGGAGAAGAGCAUUGCCUCCAUGGAGAAGGAGAUAUCGAAACUGCAUGCUGAGACGGCCGACGUAGAAGCCGAGAUCAAGGCGCUACAAGACAAAAUCAUGGAGAUCGGUGGUGUCAAGCUACGCCUCCAAAAAGCCAAGGUCGACGACUUGAAGCAACAGAUCGACACAUUGACAGAGCAGGCAUCCAACGCCGAGAUUUCGAAGUCGAAAGAGGAGAAGCAGCGCACUAAACACGAGAAGGCCCACAACGAUGCUGUUAGGGAGCUUGAGAAGCUCGCAGUCGAUCUGAAGAAAGUGGAACAGGAUAUGGAGUCUCAUCAGCGCGAUGCGUCGGGUGUCCGUCAACAAGCUGAGGAAGCUCAGGAGUCCCUUGAGUCCACUAAGGAAGACCUCCAAGCUGUAAAGAAGGAGCUCGAUGAGAAGACCGCUGAGCUCAAUGAAACUCGUGCCAUCGAGAUCGAGAUGCGCAACAAGCUCGAAGAGAGCCAGAAGCAACUGAACGACUUCCAGAAGAAGCAGGCGUACUUCCAAGACAAGCUAAGUAAGCUCACAUAUCAGAACGUUACAGAUCUAGGCGAGGAGCAAGAGACUGGCGAAGGUCUUCCCACAUACAGCAAGGACGAAUUGCAAGACCUCGAUAAGCACGAACUCAAAGACGAGAUCGCGGCACUUGAAAAGAAGAACGAAAGCACAAACGUCGAUCUCGCUGUCCUUGCUGAAUAUCGCAAGCGUGUUGAGGAACAUGCUGCCCGCUCUUCCGACCUGGCUGAAGCCGUCAGCUCCCGUGAUGACGCAAAGAAGCGUUGCGACGAAUUGCGCCGUCUCCGUCUCGAAGGAUUCAUGGAGGGUUUCAGCAUCAUCACUGCCCGCCUCAAGGAGAUGUACCAGAUGAUCACCAUGGGCGGUAACGCGGAGCUUGAACUCGUCGACUCGCUCGAUCCCUUCUCCGAAGGCAUCCUUUUCUCCGUCAUGCCGCCCAAGAAGAGCUGGAAGAACAUCAGCAACCUGUCUGGUGGUGAGAAGACGCUUUCCAGUCUGGCGCUCGUGUUCGCUCUCCACCAUUACAAGCCGACGCCGCUGUAUGUCAUGGACGAGAUCGACGCGGCGCUGGACUUUAGGAACGUUAGCAUUGUGGCUAGUUACAUCAAAGAGCGAACGAAGAAUGCGCAGUUCAUUGUCAUCUCGUUGAGGAACAACAUGUUCGAACUCGCGAGUCGGCUGGUCGGUGUGUAUAAGGUUAACCAUAUGACGAAGAGUGUCACGAUCGAGAACAAAGACUACAUUACCGCACGCGCAUGA